AUGAAUAAUAUCAUCUAUAAUAUCAUCUAUAAUAUUCUUCACUUUCUUUUUUUUAUAUCUGUCUGUUAUCUAUCUAUCUAUCAAGGUCUGCUAUCUAUCUAUCUAUCUAUCUAUCUAUUAAGGUCUGCUAUCUAUCUAUCUAUCUAUCUAUCUAUCUAUCUAUCAAGGUCUGCUAUCUAUCUAUCUAUCUAUCUAUUAAGGUCUGUUAUCUAUCUAUCUAAUCUAUUUAUCUAUCUAUUAAGGUCUGCUAUCUAUCUAUCUAUCUAUCUAUCUAUCUAUCAAGGUCUGCUAUCUAUCUGUCUAAUCUAUCUAUCUAUCUAUCAAGGUCUGCUAUCUAUCUAUCUAUCUAAUCUAUUUAUCUAUCUAUUAAGGUCUGUUAUCUAUCUAAUCUAUCUAUUAAGGUCUGUCUGUUAUCUAUCUAUCAAGGUCUGUUAUCUAUCUAAUCUAUCUAUCUAUCUAUUAAGGUCUGUUAUCUAUCUAAUCUAUCUAUCUAUUAAGGUCUGUUAUCUAUCUAUCAAGGUCUGCUAUCUAUCUAAUCUAUCUAUCUAUCAAGGUCUGCUAUCUAAUCUAUCUAUCUAUCUAUCUAUCAAGGUCUGCUAUCUAAUCUAUCUAUCUAUCUAUCAAGGUCUGCUAUCUAAUCUAUCUAUCUAUCAAGGUCUGCUAUCUAAUCUAUCUAUCUAUCUAUCUAUCUAUCUAUUAAGGUCUGUUAUCUAUCUAUGUUCAUUUCCUCUUUUCAUAUUUUUCCUUCUUUUCUUUCAUUCUUUUUCUUUCAUUCUUUUUCUUUCAUUUUACCGCUUUCCAAAACUAACUCUUACCCAUUAG